CUCUCGUAGCCAGUUCACCUAUUCAUAUGUAAAUGAACCGACACAUAUACCUAGCACAUGCCCUCCCGAAGCGACAUUAUCGAGCCCAGUCUCUCAGUACGCUUUGUUGGCCGCUGGGCUCGGCCAUCUGUCCCAGUGAGAGGCUGUAACGGCUCUUUGGAUCCAGAGGGCUUCUGGCAGCGCCUGGGUUAAACUUCCACAACAUGGCCCCCAUCCGAAACAACACAAACGGAGUGGAUAGAGGUGAUAACUGCAGUGGAGUCAAACCUGACAGAAAGAUGAGGAAACCUCUGGUCGAGAAGAAAAGAAGAGCUCGCAUCAAUGAAAGUUUACAAGAACUCAGAGUACUCAUCGCUGAGGCAGACUUACAAUCAAAGAUGGAGAAUGCCGAAGUACUGGAGAUGACAGUGAAACGGGUGGAGAGCAUCCUGCAAAACCGGGCUCAAGAGAUGGGCGCUGUGAACCGGGAGGCCUGCGAGCGUUUCGCGGCAGGUUACAUCCAGUGUAUGCACGAUGUCCACACUUUUGUGUCAAGCUGCCCGGGAAUUGACCCAACCAUCGCUGCAGAGCUGCUGAACCACCUCCUGCAAAGCAUGCCCCUGAAUGACGAGGACCGCCUCCGGGUGAUGCUGCCGGAUAGCCCCGGUAACAACAGCACUUGGUCCCUGCCUGAGAGCAUGUCCCCGGCCCCGGUGUCCCCAGUGUCCCCGGCCCCCUCCACUGUCUCCACCGACGAUCUCUGCUCUGACCUGGAUGAAACCGACUCAGAGCAAAGCCAUGUUUCUUCUUCAGAGGAGGCCGACCAGCAUGAUGUGUCGAGCCUGCCUUCUUUAAUAUACCCCAAGUCAGUGUGGAGACCGUGGUAGAUCAUUUUAAGAAGAAAAAGCAUGUUUUAAUAAAUUACAGUAGAUGAUAUAAAGCUUUGUGGUAGGAUGUUUUGUGCCAUAGGCCUCACUCAGUACAAGACAAAAACACUACUGGAAUGACAACUUGUUGAAAGGCAUAUGAGAAGCUCUUUGUGUAAUUAUUGGGGAUCUACAAUUAAACUAAAAUGUAUUUAAUAAAUAAAAUAUGUAAUUAAAUCUGUUUUACAGAGGUCAGUGACCUGUAGGGUCUUCAUGUGGAGGUGGCCUGCCUUCAAUGAAGGGGAAAUGCAUAUGUAAAUAUUUACCUGUUGAAUAUGACUGAGCUGUAUAGAAGAUAGAUGUCAUGUUAGAAAUGCAUUGUUAGCUGUGUGUAAAUUAUUUCUUAUUUAGGAUGUCUUUAACAUUGUAUUUAUACAUGUCAAAUGACAGUUAGGCUACCUCAUCUGAUUUCCCCGAGCUUAAAACUCUUCACAGACUUUUUCAAUAAAUCUUUU